CUCUCUCUCUCUCUCUCUCUCUCUCUCUCUCUCUGUUUCUACAGUUCUGUCGUGUUUCAAGCCACAAGGCAAGUCGGAAUCUUGCGGAUAACAUCUUUAACUUCAGUCUGUUUGGUGCUGAAACAUCUGCUGCGGUGUGUUUAUUAACUUCAAAGCAGAGGAAAGGGAACAAUGCGGGAUUGUGCGGGUUGUAACUUCCAACAAAUAGCGUGAAGAGAAGAAAAGAAAGAAAAGAGGGGGAAUGGUGGAGUUUCUGAAAGUCAGGAUUCCACUUGUAGGCAGGAAAAUCGAGCAGCGACUGAUGCCAUGAAGCUAAAUCCAAAGCAAGCGCCGUUAUACGGCGAGUGUGUGUUGACGGUGCAGCUCAGUGAGGAGGAGUGUGUGGAGGAUGAGGAGGAGGUGGAGUUUUACCUGCUGUUCUCCGGCAGCACACAGAGACACCUGACCACCACACUGAGACUCGGUCAUGUGACCCUGCAGGCUGUGUGUCCAGCUCACGAUCGUGAUGAGACAGUUCGGGUCACACUGUGUCAGGCGCGACCCGGUGGUUCCGUUGACCCGGUGGCGGAGGAACGGUUCCAGUUUGUCCACGAUCUGGCUCUGGACAUGGCUCACUUCCUGAUUAGUGCGGCGGCUCACAGGGACGGCCUGGAGGGGGCGCUGCUGCUCGCCGACUCGCACAUCCCUGUACAGGAGUGCGAGAGGCUGGACGAGACGCUAACGUUAGCACUGAAGCACCUCCCACUACCACCCGGGUGGAGUGUACUGGGCCCUGACGUCAACACACACACACCCACAGAUUUCAGUCCUCAUGAGACGUUGCUGCACUUUGCGGCUCGUCGAGGUCUCCGGAGAGUCGCUCUGUUCCUCCUGCAGCAGCCCGGAGGACCAGACGCCCUGCAGCUGGCCAACAAGCACGGGCACACACCUGCCCGAGUGGCACAGAGCAGAGGACACACACAGCUACAACACCUGCUCUCAGAGCUUGAGAAGUCACCGCACCUCGAAACAAAAGCGCCCAGGCGGUGUUACGCAGCAGGCCGUGCAUUCCUGCACCACCCGAGGCUGAACACCUUCACGCUGUCGGUGGAGAACGAGGCAGACGGAGAACCUCCGGACCUGAGGCGAGACGUGGAGGAGCUACGCCGCUACGCCCGCUCUCACCGCCACAGCAAGGGAGGAUCUCGGAAGCAGCUCCAGUCCUUUCCGCUGAUCCUGAGCCGGGAUUUCGUCUGCGAUUCGCCAACGGCCGUGGACGCUCCGUCUGAAGACCCCUCCCUCCAAAAACCGCCGGUGUGCGAGCUUCAGGAAGUCUACACCGAGAAAGAACAAAGCGAGAGCGCCAAGUGCGCGAAUGGCAGCACCCAGUCAGAGGGGGGUGAUGCACCGGCGUCCAGCGGAGGUUCGGGUUCUGGGAAACGGACUUCGAGAUUAGAGGGGGAGGGAGUGUCUGGCGGGAAGCAGGAGGACUGUGCGGUUGUCAGCGGCGUUUCCUGUAGAGAGCAGCAGCAGCAGGAGGAAGUCGAUAGCGAGCUGAGAGCAAUCAGGGAGGCGCUUCGUACACAGAGGAGCCACGCUCUAUCCGAGACGCAGACGCACAGUAAAAUCCAAUCUGGCAACACGCAGGCUGGGACGAUGGGUCAGACCCAGGGACUCCUCCCUGAGCAUGAAGAAAAGAACAAGACGAGAGGGGACUUCCCAGAGGAAAGGGAAGGAGAGCGUAACUCCGGGCAGGAAACCUCUUUGUCGAGCGAGAACACACCGUCGCCCGAUGGACAAACGAGCAGCAAAAGUCUCUCCCAUUUUCACUUAAAUUUAGACGUUAACGCCGCGGAAAAAGGGAAGGAGAUCCCGAUCCGGAGCCAGGAAACAGGAAGCAGCAUCGAACGGAUACACGAGUCCACCAGCUGCACAACACGGGAGCAAGACAUCAGCGAAGAUUUGCUUUCUCUAAGUUUCAGACCCAACAUGGCUCCAGGGCCGGUCCACAACGUACGUCUCGAACCGCCUCCGCUUGUCGAUGCGGCUGCCGGCCACCCAAUCCACGCUCCUCCAGAAACAGCGUCCGGUUUGUCAGAACAGGUGAGUUCAGAUUCCGUAAAACAGCUGCCACCUCGUGAUGUCACCGAUCCACUAGGAGAACCUGACGGAUUAGUGCUCGGCGUUCCCCUCACGACCGAGGUAAGUGGAGGAGUUGAUCAGACUUUACCUCCUGAGACAGAGGAAAGUUCCUCGCCAGGAUCGAUGAGCGGGGUCCAACCCGUCGUAUCUCUAGAAAUAUCAGAAGAAACUUCUCAAAUAUUUAACGAGUCCCAUUGUGGAGGCGAGGAACCGCCUCAGGAGGGCACCAAACCACAGUCUGACGCCAAAGACGCUCAGAUCACGGAUACCGUGGACCCGAACCGAGAUCCAGUAAGAUCACAGAGUCCACCCCUGGUUUUGGACCGAAUUUCAACACUUCCUCCAGGGUUAACGGUGUCUGAUUCCAACCCCGAUGAAACAGGAAGUGGUUCAGAAUCAAAGCUUGAAAGGGAACCACUCUCAUUUCAGACACCUCCAGAGUCGCCCUGUGAGUUUUUUUCAGUAGAUGGUUUCAUCACAACAAGCGAUUCGCUUGAACCGCGUUCGGCUUCUCUGGAACUUGGCCGUCCUGCAGGUUCAAGCGAGAUCGUGGAGGCGGGUGAGAAGGUGGAAACAGAGCUGCUGGGGAUGUGUGAAAGUUCUAAAAAGUCACCUCUAACAAUACUGUGCGGUUCUUUUUCCAAACUGACGAUCAGGGGAAGUCCCCUUGAUCCUCACCUUGAUGACACAACUUCAGAGACCAUCGAGACCAAGGAGGAGGUUACGAAGUUAGAACCAAAUCUGGUUCAGCAGUGUGAGCGAUCAGAAGCACCACAGAUUGUGAGUAACAUGUCUGUAGCACCACCAUGUGAUUUUGUAUCCAAGGAGAACCUUAGAGGAACAGCAGUGAUUACAUAUGCUGUAGGUUCUGAAGCACAAAAUGACCAACCUUCAGAAUCUAAAGAUGUUCAGGAGGAGUGGAUGAAGAUGCCUACACAGCUUGGUGAGGACCUAGAAAUUUUGUCACUUCCAUGUGAAGCGUUAUCUCCAUCCACUGCUGUCUCUCAGAACAUCACUGACCCUCAUUCUGAGGUCAUAACCUUUGAGGAGGGUAUCAACAAGACAUCUGAAGACCCACAGACUGAGCUCACGACCUCUACAGAGACACUUGUGGAAUCUCUUGGCCCACAUCUUGAAGUGGGCCAAGAACAUCUUGAGGCCAUGAACUUCGAAGAGAUCAUUAGUAGAACAUGUCUUGACCUCCAUCAUGAUCUCAUCACAUGCUCAGAGGAGACGAUUGUAGAAAUAUCUCUUGACCCUUUUCCUGAGGUUAAAAUCUCUGAGGAAAGCAUUCAAGACCAACAACUUAAGGUCACGAUCUCAGAGGAGAGCAUUAGAGGAACAUCUCUGGGCCCCAAUCAUGAUUUGACAUCCUCUGUGGAGAACACCGGAGAAGUAUCUCUUGGUACACUUCUUGAGGUUACCAGUCCUGAAGAAAGCGUCCAAGUUCAACAGCUUGACGAGAGCGGAAAGGAUUAUGACCCCAAACAUGAAUUCGUGACCUUUGAAGAGAGCAUUAGAGGAAUGCUUGACUUCCCUCAUGACCUCAUCACGCCUUCUGAGGAGACGAUCAGAGAAAUGUCUUUUGAAGUUCCUGAGGUUAACAGCUCUGAGGAAAAUGUUCUAGACCAACAACCUGAGGUUACAACCUCUAAGAAGAGCAAAAAUGGAACAUCUCAAGAUCCCAAACUUGAGGUCACAACCUCGGAGAAGAGCAUUCAAGGCCCACGUCAUGAGGCGAUGAUUAAAGAAACAGUUUUUGACCAGCAACCUGAGAUCACAGCUUUUGAGGAGAGCAUCAGAGAAACACCGUAUCACACCAAGCUUGAGGAGACGAUGUGUGAGGAAGACCUCUGGACAUCUCUGAAGCCUCCACCAGAGUUCAUGAACUCGAAGAUGGAUACAAGUUUUCCUGAAGCUCCAUUUCAGAGCCAGACUGCGAUUCUGGACCGUCCCGUUUAUGGUAACGAUUCAGAUUUGGCUUUGGAGAGCGUUUCCAUCUCUGACCAGCCUAUGGAUCUGAGCUUCGUUAUGGAUCUGGAUAGUGGUACCGGCUUAGGGAUGGACGCUGUGGAAGUGGAUAGUGGUUUGAUCCAGGAGGUGCCACCUUUGGACAAUGUUGGCGUUUGUAAAAUUGGAACUCUGGAAGAGGAGAAACGUCACAUGGUGGAAGAAGAUGGAGAGGAACCAAAGGAGGAACGAGUAGCAGGUGACGAUGGACGUCCUGAGACCGCGUUAACACACACGGAUCAGCGCAGUGAGAUCCACAGGGAGGAGCAGGACGAGGUGUACUGUCUGGAUUCUGAAGAUCUGAAGCAGGAGUGCAGUAAAGAAAACACCGGAACAGAUGUUCCGGUUGCGGUUGUGUGUCGGUCCGUGUCCGCGACCUCGCUGCCCGGGUCCGAGUCCGUCAGUGAUGGAGACUCGCUGUUGGGCCCAGACACCAUGGAUGACACCGUCUUCAAGCAGAGCGAGGACACGCUCACCCUCACCAGUGGAAUUUCCACGACUGGAUCCGUUUCUACAGAUGACUCGUCCACCGCACACGCUGCCGGAGGACCCGAGGAAGAGGAGAAGAAAGAUCGGCUGAUGGAGGUCCUGGAACGUUCUGCUCUUCUUCGCCCUACCAGCCGUUCCCAAUCUCCGUCCCGGAGACACAGCUGGGGGCCGAGCAAGAAUCCCACCGGAGAGACGGACAUGGGCCAGCGCAGUGUGGUGCAGGGUGAGGUGGGAGAAAAGCCAGCGGGUCACAGGAGGAGUAUGAGCUGGUGUCCGUCACACGUUCCUCACUCUGAGAUGGAUGAGAUGAACUCCAGAAGUUACAGUCUGGAAGGUUUGGCUGCUGAGGACGAGGUGAAGAUGCCGAGCGUACGACUGUCCACACACUCGUCCAUGAUGGAGAGAGAGGAGAGAGGAUCGCUUGCUUCUCUCACUGAGGAGGAGAACGAGAGCAACGCGGGGGAUAACAGCAGCUUAGACAGCCAGAGAUCGGUUCAGGACGUAGGAUGCGGUUUCGUUCCUCCUCCUCACACACUCACCAAAUCCGUGUCCAUGUCAGCGAUCAGCCCGAGAGACCUGGAUGCCAUCGGACGAGCUCGACCCAAGCGGCGAAUCAGCUUCUCCUUCAGCAUGUCGCCCCGCCUCCUCAAACCGAAACCUCUGUUCGCUUUCGGCUCUUCAUCCAGUGAUGAGGAGGAGGCUGGAAACUUGACUUGUGCGAGUUCAGCCGCAGGAUCGCAGGAGUACAGUAUAUCAGAGGAAGACCCCGCCCCAUUGAGGAGUGACUCUGAGGUCAGAGGGACGAAAGUGAGCCGCACCUUCAGCUACCUCAAGAGCAAAAUGAGCAAGAAGAGCAAGGAAAAAGACCGUGACAAGAAUAAAGAUGGUAAGGAGAAGAAGAGCUCCAAUGGUCACCUGUUUAGCUCCACCCUGACCCCACCCUCCAGCCCAUGCCUACAAUGCAGCCGACCAAUCAGCACGAAGGAUGCUGUCACCUGCACAAACUGCAAUGUUCACGUCCAUAAAGGCUGCAGAGACGCACUCCCCGUGUGCGCUAAAGUCAAGAUGAAGCAGCAGUCGGUCACUGAUUCGGCUCCUCCACCCGGACUUCUCUCACGAGGCAAAUCCGCAUCAGCGCGAGAGCGUCCCUGGUCCACUUUCUUGCUUCCUGAGGAUCAGGCGUCUCCUCUCGUCGCUCCUCCGCGGAAAAACUCCAGUAUCAUGCCGUUUAACAGCGGCGCUCUGUCCAAAAGCAUCUCCAUCAGCAACAUCGCAGGGCAGUUGGACGAGGCUCCUCUGAAAGCUCUGAGGAUUCUCUCUCAGUCCACAGACUCGCUCCAUAAGAUGGGGAAAGUGAACGAGUCGACCGAGUCUCUCACUGACGAAGGUACGGAGCUGAUGGACGGUCACCUGAUGGCGGAGUUCGAGGCAGACGUGAAGGAGCUGGAAGCCGAUUCCUGGAGCUUCACUGUGGAUAAAAAAUAUCUGAAACAGCUGAAAAAAGACGUCAUCAAGAGGCAGGACGUCAUCUACGAGUUGAUCCAGACGGAGAUGCACCACCUGCGGACUCUGCGCAUCAUGGCUGACGUGUACAGUAAGGGUCUGCAGAAGGAGGUGCAGGUGGAGGUGCAGACGCUGGAGAAGAUGUUCCCUGUGCUGGAGGAGCUGCUGGAGCUGCACACACACUUCCUCACACACCUGCUGGAGAGACGGAGGGAGGCGCAGCGGGGGAACGACGGAGGCUUCGUCAUCCGCAGGAUCGGAGACGUGCUGCUCGACCAGGUGACUGGCUCCAACGCUGAAAAUAUGAAGAAAGUUUACGGGAAAUUCUGCAGCCGCCACAACGAGGCUGUGAACGUCUACAAAGAGCUACACACACGCGACAAACGCUUUCAGGCCUUCAUCAAGAAAAAGAUGAGCAGUGCGGUGGUGAGGAGGUUGAGUAUUCCUGAGUGUAUCCUGUUAGUCACACAGCGUAUCACCAAAUACCCCGUCCUGCUGCAGAGACUCCUGCAGCACACCCGAGAGCCGGAGGAGGAGCAGGCGGAUGUUGCCGAGGCUCUGCGGCAGGUGAAGGAGGUGCUAACGGGCGUGGACUCUAAAGUAAACGAGUACGAGAAGAGGAGGAGGCUGAAGGAGGUGUACAGCCGCACAGACAGCAAAUCCAUCAUGAGGAUGAAAAGCGGUCAGAUGUUCGCCAGAGAGGAUUUGAUCAGGGGGCGAAAACUUUUGCAUGACGGCCCGCUGCAGCUCAAAAAUGUAGCCGGGCGACUGAAAGAUGUGCAAGCAUUGCUGCUGUCCGAUGUGUUUGUGUUCCUGCAGGAAAAAGAUCAGAAAUACGUUUUUGCCUCACUGGACCAGCGCAGCACGGUGAUCUCGCUGCAGAAGCUGAUCGUGAGGGAGGUGGCGAACGAGGAGCGCGGGCUGUUCUUCAUCACGGCGGGGAUCGAGAGGCCCGAGAUGGUGGAGGUUCACGCCAGCACUAAAGACGAGAGGAACACAUGGAUGCAGCUCAUCCAGAACGCCACCAACUCCAUAGAUAAGGAUGAUGAUGAAGGAAUCCCGAGUGAAAACGAGGAAGACAAGAGACUGCAAGAGAGCAAAGCUAAAGAGAUGAGAGAUCACCUGCAGAAGAAAGACGAACAGAUCGUGACUCUGUUGGAAGAAAAGGUGCGUCUGUUCCGCGAGUUGUGCGACUGUGCGAAUCAGGACGGAGACUCUCUCCAUAACAGAAUGUUGUUCAGGGCGACAGGUGAUGAUGUCACAAAAGGAGAGCCAAUCAUCAAAGAUGCUCUGAAGGAAGUGGGGACAUUACAGGAGCUGGUGAACAGCAGUGUGGUGGGACAGCAGGUGUGUGUGGGACAGGAGGACUCGAGUGUGUGUGCAGGGCCUGUGAGUUUACCGCGCAGAGCCGAGACGUUCGGGGGCUUCGACUGCCACCAGAUGAACAUCUCAAAGAAUGGAGACCGUGAGGAAGCAGACGAUCUGCGGAGAACCGAGUCAGACAGCGUUCUGAAGAAGGGGGGCACCGCAAGCCUGCUGCUCUUACACAAGAGGAACAGUGAGCAGGUUCUCCAGAGCGUCACUCAUCUUCAUGACCUACUGAGCACCUUACAGGCUGUGGUGGUCCAGCAAGACACCUUCAUCGAGGAGCAGCGUCAGGCCCUGAGCUCUCUAUCCCUCCGUCAACCCUCCGUCUCGUCCUCGUCCUCCGUCUCGUCCCUGUCGUCGUGUUCGUCUCGGCCGAGCUCUCUGAUGGAGCAGGAGAAGCACCGUCAGGAGGAGAAGGUCCGGGAGGAGGAGAGGAGGAGGAGAGAGGAGGACGACAGGAAGAGGAGAGAGGAGGAGGAGGUGAGGAGGAGACGUGAGGAGGAGCUGGCGCUGAGGGAGGAGAGACUCGUUGCCGUGGAGGAGGAGACGCAGAGGAGACGCGAGGCGCUGGAGCAGGAGCAGCAGGAUCUCGACAGCAGGAGGGAGGAGUACCAGAGAGAGCUGCUGAGACUCCGGGACGACCAGAGGAGACUGGAGAGAGAGAAAGAGCAGCUACACUCACAGCAACACAACACAGAGCCGGACUCGGUGGAACAGCGACGGCGCACCUCCUCCACCGCCUCAGAAGACACUGAAGGUGUGGAGGUUUUCUCUCGCGCAGACUCCAAACGUAAAGCCAAGAACCUGAACCCGUUUUCUUCCGGAUCCGGACACAAGGGCGGCGCCACCGAGCCACACGGCCAAAUCCCCACCCGCCUGCUGCAGCUCACUAAACCCAGAGACAAGAAGGAGAAGAAAAAGAAGAAAGGAAAAGGAGGCCAACAGAACCAGGCUACAGAAACCCUGGGUGCAGCGGCCCCCGAGCCCUCAGCACAUAAAGACGUUUAUUUCUGCUGACUUCACUCUCCGUUUUUUUCCCCCACAAUGCCGUGCGUGUCGACUCGGCUCGGAGGCUGACAGGUCCGGGGGAAAAGUUCUCCGUCUUUCCUUCCUUUCUUAUACACACACACACACACACAUACACACACACACACACACACGUUCUUCUGCACCUGGGAAUCUGGGUGUGUGGGUUCCGGAGCGGGCGUCGGCUCCGCGUUCAUUACACCACUGUGGGCACUUUGACAUUUUUUUCAUUUUCUUUGUUUUAUUUAAAGACGUCUUCGAAAAGAGAAAAGAACUUUGUGUGUUUUUUCCUGAAGAUUUCUGGGAGAAAAAUUAUUUAAUUUUUAAUUUUUAUUUUUUUUAACUGAAGGAUAUUGAACUAACCAAACUAAUACCCUUGUGCAGUGUGAGUUUCACCACACUGUACUGCAGGAAGUGACGAGUUCUAGAAAUUUCCAUCCAAAUUUCCUCAUUUUUUAAUUUUUAUUUUCGUCAUCAGCGAGUGGCCUUUCUUUGUUCUUGUCAAUCUUCUUCUUCUUCUUCUUCUUCUGUGGUCUUGAUUAUUUCUCCUGAUCAUGAGAUGAACCAUUUUAUUCACGUAACCUCCUCAAAAAUUCAGCCGUAUUUGACGCAAAUUCAAUAAAAACGUGACUUAAUUAAAUGAAAGAAAAUGAAAUUAUCGUCUUCUGAUCAUGAACCGUAAAUCCUGACUCGGUGUUCGCUCCGCUAGCUGCGUGACAUCUCCACAGAAGCGCGGUGACCGUUUCCUAACGUUUAAGACGAAUUACAUUUCCAAAUUAUGCCACGCCUGCAAAAUUAUGCCACGCCCACAAUCCGUCACCAGGUAUCGUUAUGAAUGAUUAUACGCAUGGGUAUAUCUCAAAGAAUUAAAAUAAAUAAAUAAAUAAAUAAAUAAAUAACCCAAUGUUAUUUUUCUCUGGAUUUUUGUGAAAUAAAAUGGAUUUUUUUUUUAAACAGCGAUUUAUUAUGGCUUUAAUUUCAAGACCUGCACAGAGAGGAAAACCUUAUUUUUAUGAUAUUUUCGUGUAAUUUAACCCCUUCCCCCCUUUUAUUUUUUCUCAGUUGUGACUGAACAACAGGAACGUUACACUGAAGAGACGUCACGUUUAGUCGUGAAUUCGUUUGAUUUUAUUCUUUUAUUUUUAUUUAGCACUUUAUAUUAAGGCAGAAAGAUCCGGCUUUAAUCUGAGACAAUCAGUUUAUUGAUGAUUUUUUUUGCACCAUAUGAAUGUUCUGGAACCUAACAGAAGCUAGAUUCGGUUUUGCAUGAACCAAAAAAACCCCGAACGAGUUUGUAGGUGAUGAAUAUUUAAUAAUUCCAAGUCGGGGGUGGAGUCGAUCUGGCGUAGCGACUGAUGAACGUUCGUUAGCGUCGUCGUGAGGAGUAUUCCGAGCAGCGAACGUGAUGUGAUGUGGAUGAAGGAGUCCUCGCCUGCGGGAUCAGGCACUUCUGUUAUUAACCUCGUAAAAAUAAGAAGAAUAAAAAGAAGCAGUUUUCAGAAAAAAAAACUGAACAGAGCUGAUUUUAUAUUCUUAUCAUGAUAAAAAAAAAAUUGUUCGUUUUUUAAUCUACCCGUCACAUCUCGGACUCUCAGAUCAAAUGAAUCCAGAAUGAGGACACGUUUCAAACGGCAGUCUUCGUUCAGCCUUUAUCCGAGUUCCCUACUCAGGCAGCCUGCUUUCGAGUGGAACACCGAGAUGGUGGGGGUAUUUUGUUGCUACGCGUCUACACGCGUUUUUUUAAUUUAUUUCCGCAUUUCAUUUUUAUUUCUGUUCUCCUCGGGUGCGUCGCUCUGAACUGAUCUGUUCCUCUUACACCACGGCAGUUUGCUAACGAUUACAAUUAAAGAGCGACACGUCGUACUUUUUGUCCAUUUAUAACUACAUUUAAAGUUGUGGAACUUCCAUGAACGUGUUACUUGCGUUACAGCAGCUAUAAAGGGAGUCGUUCCUCCGCCAGCCGCUCUUUUCUCUCGCUCCUGCAGUUACACGAAAUAAACGCAGCUUGUCGUGUUUCCAAGAAAAGAAGUGUAAACUCCUGUGUUACAAAAGUGCUGACAUCGGAGACUCCUUCCUUAAAUGUUAGAUAAACAUUUCCUUACAAAACUCUCCGUAAGCGACUCUUGUCCUGUCAUACAAGUCCCUGUUACUAUAGAAACGAGUAUGCGAGCUAACCUAAUGGGUUUUAUAUGAUAACAUUUUGUGCUAAUGCUUUUGGAAAGAUAUUAUGAUGUCACUCACCCUCGCCUGAUUGGCUAGAAGUAACACGGUUAUCCAGUCGAGUUUGUUUUUAUGUUAUUUUGUUUGCGUCGAGGUUUCUAACGAAACGAACUUGCAAGUGGACCCGUACCUCACCAUCACACGCCCAAAAAACUUUUCACAAAAGCGAAGAUGAAGAUAAUUGGGCGUGCUGCUGUUAGCCUCCCUAUCAAGUGCACUUUUUUGUUUGACCAAUAGAGGGCGCUGUUUGCGCGCUGCAUAAUGGUGCCAAAGUCUUAGAAUCAGUACUGUUAAUGAUAAAAUUAUUAAUAAAACAUCAGCACUCUGUCUCUCACGCACACACACACACUUUAAUAAGAAGAUAACCUUUUCAAAUAAUGCUCAAGAAUCAAACUACAAACGAAGGACAAGAAACUGUCAAUCAUCUACAAAAUGCUUGUUUUUGUUCAUUAGUUUAGCAUCGUGUUUGUGUUUGUUUUAUUUUUUUUUAGGGAUCAUCGCUUUAUUGAAUUCAUUAUUGCAUUAUUUUUUCCGAUACUAAUGAACACGAGUGUGUUUUGAGGCUGGUUACAGGUGUUUGGUUCAGGUUGUUUAUUAGUAUUGCAUGAUGACGAGAGCGCACGUCGCGUAACCAGCAGGUCCUAACGCUGCCUUCAGCUUCAGAAAGUUCAAUAAAAAGGGUAUUUUACUAAAAGGUACCGUUUCAUUUGUGUAAAGAAGGGCUACAUUUGUGUAAAUAUCUGUAAAGUACAAAAUUAAAGUAUUAAUUGUGGA